AUAUAUUUCAGCCAGGAUUUUAUUUGUUCCUCCGUCUGCACUUUCACGAGUUCCAAUUCAUUGAAAACAAAUUGAUUUUAAGAGCAUCCUAAUGGCAGACAAGAUCAAUCAUUCUUCAUUUUUAGAUGUAAAUGGCAAUGGUAUUAACAGUUACGGAAUUGAGAGGAUUAGCAAAAAUUUCCAGAAUGUUAUUUCAUUGGGUAAAAGGCACACGUUUUGGGAAACCCAACCAGUAGUUCAGUUUAAGGACAGAGGGCAUCCGAAUUUGAGGGAGGGUCCAAUAGAGGAACCCGUCCCGUUGUCUGAAGUUAGACAAGAACCCUACACCUUGCCUAGUCAGUAUGAAUGGUAUACUUGUGAUGUUGAUUGUGAGGAAACCUUGACUAAUGUUUACAAUCUUCUCACUAAUAACUAUGUGGAAGAUGAUAAAAACAUGUUUAGGUUUGAUUACUCUAAGAUUUUCUUAAGGUGGGCACUCAAGCCCCCAGGAUAUUACAAGAGUUGGCAUAUUGGGGUCAGGAUUAAUGGCACUAGGAAGCUGGUGGGCUUUAUAGCUGGAGUCCCUCUUAGAAUUAGGGUGAAUGAUAAUGUAUUCAAUAUGGCAGAGAUCAACUUUUUGUGUGUGCACAAGAAGCUUAGAUCUAAGAGGCUUGCCCCUUUACUCGUGAAGGAGGUUACAAGGAGGGUCACUCUGGAAAACAUAUGGCAAGCAGCUUACACUGCCGGUGUUGUAAUACCGACACCCAUUGCGAGUUGCCAAUAUUGGCACAGGUCGUUGAAUCCUACGAAGCUGACGGAUGUGGGGUUUUCAAGGUUGGGGACAAGGAUGACAAUGAAUAAAACCAUAAAAUUGUAUCAAUUACCAGAAACCAUUACGACUCAAGGUUUCAGGUCGAUGGAUAGCCAUGACGUACCAGCAGUCACUAGGCUUCUUCAGAAUUAUUUGGUUCAGUUUGUUGUGGCCCCUGAUCUAUCAGAAGAUGAUGUAGAGCACUGGCUUCUCCCAAAGGAGAAUGUUGUAUAUAGCUAUGUGGUUGAAAGCCCAGAGAAUAGGGAAAUUACUGAUUUCUGUAGCUUUUACACUCUUUCCUCCACAAUUCUCGAUGAGUUACAAAUUAGAAAAUGUUUGUCAUCGGGCGAUAUUGACAAUAACACUACUGAUGUAAAUCUUGCUAUAGAUGAUGGCCCUAAGAGAAUUACUUGGCUCAGUGAUGCAGCCCUGUUUCUGAACCUGCAUAGCCUCCAAAAAAAACAAUACUCUGUUCUGAAGACUGAUGCAAGUCUAUUUCUUGAACCUGCAGGUUAGCCUCCAAAGGAAAAAUAUCAUUUUCUGAUCUAACUCAUGAAGAUAAAACAGAAACAAUGACAGAAUUAAAAUGGCAGGAUAACAACCAUUCUGUCAACAGACUCAAUAUAUGAAAUACACAAUAAGAUAUUAUAUUAUAUUCAACUGACAGGAUGUGGGAAGGAGAAAUUUAAGGAAGAUACUCUGCAUCACUCAGUCUUUAUUACUACUUUUUCCUUUUUUGUUGGCUAUAAGUAAAUUUAUAUUAUAAAAGAGAUAAAAACAAAAUGCAACUGAAAGAUUUCCAGAUAGCAAUAGCUACUAGUAAAGCCAAAAUUAGGAAAACCCAACUAUUCCACCAUCCCCAAGAAUCAGAAGAGUCCAUGAUCCAAACAAAACUCACAUUCCCCAGGAGCUUCAAGCAAGAAGAAUUAAGCUUGAUCAUCAUGAAUAAGUAGUAGAAGUUGCCAAGAUGUGUUCGUAGGCUGAGACUCCCAAUCAGUGACAUUUCAGUUGCCUUUGACAUCAGAUUGCCAUUUAGCUAAGCAAUCUGCAACAACAUUCCAUUGUCUAGGGAUAUAGACAAAGGAAAUGGAAUCAAAAUGCGGGGUAAGAUGAAGAAUCUACUCAACAAGAGAAGUCUAUCUCUAGGAAGACUCAUGUAGCUUCUAUCUGUUCAAAAGAUAAAUUAGGAUCAUAGAAUCCAUUUCACAAAGAACCUUCUUCUGCCCAGCUCGCAAGCUUUCUUAAGUGCCACAGGAAUGGCUUGAGCCUCCACUUGAUUAUAAAUACAACAUCCCAUAGGAGAAGUGAAGAAGUGAACUGAACCAUCGCUAUCUUGACCAUCCUCACUGAUCUUACCAACACCCGGGUUGCUUCGUUAGGAUCCACUAGUAUUAAUUUUGAAGAAACUGAAAGGGGGAGCAUAACUUACCACUAGUACAUCAUGUGGAUGUCCGUAUUUCACGGUAGCAGCCUAUGUCAAUUUCUUGUUUGGUGACUGUUUCCAAGUGCUUUUCCACUUAUCACCUUCCUAGGUCAGUUAAAAUGGCCCAGAAUGAUUCCAAAUGACUGCUCAACCUCUUCCUUUUGCCUUCUCUUUUCUGAAUGGAUCUUUUCAUCUGGACAUUGGCUUUCACUUGGAGCUCUCUUGCGCUCUCAAGCUUUAUAGCUUUCUACAUCUCUUAUAGCAUUCCUUUUAGCUCUCUUGUUCUCUUCAACUUACUCAAGCCUCUGCAGGUGAUAUUGUUCUUGUUUCUUGUUAUUAUUGCAAGUAUUUCUCUUGUUCCCUUGAGCACCUUGGGAUUCUCACAUCCUUUUUCUUUCACUCUAGUGGCACUAGUUUGCUCAUUCACAACUUUGACCAUUCCUAGAUACACUUGGGAUUAGAGCAUUCACACACUAUUUUCCUUUCUAUCUAUCUUGGCAUACCAAAGUAGAGAUUUGACUAAGGCAAAUCCCCAAAUAGCACCAAACAUUUUUCCUUUUUCUUGUCUUUGUAUGUAUCUAAAGAGCACUCAAUUGUAUGGAGUUUUGCAAGUGCUUUCUCGUUUAUGAAUCCAUUCCUAUUCUUUAUUUAAAUCAUGCAAAUCUUGUUAUUUAUUUUAUUUCUCUACAUUUCCAUUAUCUAUUUGAAAUAAGCCAGCUAAUGAAACCUAACAAUCAUAGAUGAAAAAAUCUGCCAAAAAUCUUUUAAGUCCUGAUUUUUUGCGAGUCAUUUAUGGGACAAUUUAAUAUGCAAAAAAAUCUUGGGCGAUUUUUUUGAAAAAAUCGGGGCGAUUUAUUGAAAAAAAUUGCAAAAAAUCAGGAAAAAAACUCAAAUAAAUCUGCAGUAAUGAUUUGUUGGGUAUUCUUUUACUAAUUACUAUCAUGCAAUUGAUUACAUAACCUUGCACCUCACCAUUUGCGAAUCAAUUAGUGUAAUUGUGUACCUAUCCACAAGAAGUUAAAAAUAGGUGCCUUCAAGGGAUGCGGCAUCUCCAUGGGAAGAAUGUGAAUCCUUUGGGUGUAUGUGUGAGGAAAACUUCAGUAUGGUGUUUUUGCAUGAUAUGGUAGUUUCAUGUGGAAGUCUCGUGCUUCUUGAAUCAUCUUCUUGACAAUGAAGGUAUGUUGUGAAGGCUGACAAAGUUCAUCAAUGUGUAUGAGAUGAGCUGAAAAUUUGAAAGGCUUUGUGUGCACAUGCCAAUGCCAGCUAUUGAACAAAUUAUUUAUUUUAUGGAAGAUGUGAAGUAGAGGAGCAUUAAUUCGACAAAAAGGAGAUUAAAGGAAUGCAAAUCCUCUAUAAUA